UCUUGUGGUUGUGUAACGGAAAAUAUACCCAGGUACCUACCUUAGUAAUGGAUAUUUACAUAGGUACCUAUGUAAUAGGUGAAGAGCCGCGACUGAGUCAUUGGCGUCAUUCUAGGACGGGUGACAACAGCAACCCUCUAUUUCUAUAGAAUCCUCAGUAUCUGAUUGGACGACAAUUGUAUGGACGGUUCGGUAGCAGUGCUUUCCAGGACGUCACUACCCACUGAAUUAUGCUGGUGGGGUACUUUAUACUGCAAUUCAACCCCGCGUAGUUUCCUAAUUUUGGAAAUUUGUUUAGGAAUUUUACUCUAGGUAGCUGAGCUUGGAGACAUAAUGAUGACAUCACGAACCAUCAUUGUGGCUGUCUCCUUACAUUUAAUGAUGCAAACCUUUCAUUACCUCUAUUUGCCAUCCUCUAACCUCUUCACUACAACUUCACAAUCCAUCAUUCUUCAUCGAAGUUAAAUCCUACAACUUUCCUAUCACGCACACCUCAAGAAGGAGAUUCGAAUUCAAUUAAAACCUAACUCGACUUGUACAAAAACAAUACUCCAUCCAACAUUACAGUGCCGCCACUAUGUCGCCCCUCAUAGAAGCCGCCACACGCCGUCUCGCUCUCUCCUCCAGAGCCAUUGCAGUUCCAGCUCCGCGACAUUUUACCACGAGUACCGUGGCACAGAAAACCGUCACAGAAGCCGCUAAGGAUACGUUAAAAAGCGUCGAUCGCAAGGUCUCGGACAAGCUUGUUGACGGCAUCAGCGCUGGAGAAAAGAUCGCAUCGAAAGUUAAGGGCGAGGCGGAUACAGGCAAGGUGAAAGGCACAGCCGAGGAGAUUCGUGGUCAAGCGAAGGGUCAGGCCAAAGAACUUGAAGGCAAGGUGAAAGGCACUGCCGAGGAGAUCCGUGGUUCAGCGAAGAGUCACCUCGAGAGUUAACCUCGAAGUACUUGAAACCGAGAUGAAACAGAUCCUUGCAUGGGCGAGGGCUCACGAGGGCAAGGUGAACUCAAGACUAUGAAGAGCUGUCGAAGGCGACGCAGAAAGAUGUCACUAUAGCUCAUCGUGAUACUACCUAACUGUGGUCUGUAACAUAAUGGGGUCAGUGUUAGCCCUGACGGAUUGAAUUGCAUGAAUUAUAAUAAG